AUGAACAAGGAGCACAUCCUGUUUGACAGCUUCCCCCUGACGUUCCUGAGUGACGAAGUAGACUACAACAACUUCGAAGAUGAGCAAGAGAAGAGCUACCGUGAAAAAAUUGCCAAAAUUACAGAGGAAUUGAAAUCGCUAAGAAUAGAAAUAACAGAGAAGCACUCCCUAAGGAGCAUGUUGGAGGAAAAAGUGGCCAUGUUGGAAAAUGAGGAACAGAUUAAGCAAAGCAACCUGAAGUAUGUUCUGAACUUUUGCGACAAGCAGAUGUAUGAGCGUGAGGUAGGAAACAUUCACAACAACUUAGAACAAGUGAGGAAGCAGAUCCAAAAUAGCAACUGCAAAAUCAAGCUGCUCAUCGAGAAGGAAUUCAAAGUGAGGAAGCAGCUGCAGCUGCAGUACAUGGAGCUCUACGACCUGCUCAACGAGCGCGUUCGCUACAUCCUCACCGAUUAUGUAAAACACCGCAAGUGUGCCUGUGCAAUAUUUGCCUACCGUCAGGAGGGGAAGGACCAGGUACGAGGGGGAAACGCGGAGCAGUGA